AUGUCGCGCUCACCUUCUCCUCCACCAAAAGCCUCGAUCGACCGCCAGACUACCGCACCCUUCCUCCUGAACUUUUGCUACAGAUCCUCUGCCUUUCACAACCUAACAGACUUCCCCGUCCCCACGCCGUCGAAUCCACAUCCUCAUCUUCCUGCCCAUGUACAGAUCUACACAUGGAUGAGCUGUACGCUACGGGAACUUGCACACCUGCUGACACAAGCCCUUCCACACAUCUUGCCCGAUCCCAGCAUUGGCACGAGGUUGAGCUUUAGGCUAGUUUAUCCCGAUGUCCAUGCAGCCCGAGGUGGAGGCAGACUAGAGCCCGAGGGAAGGGGACGAUAUUUGAGCAAAGAGAUAGGAAGUGUCGUCAUCUCAGCUCCGGACUCUUCAAACGGCGAAGGAUUACCCAGACUCGAAGGAGAAGAUGCCGAUAAGACGCUCGAGGAAGCCCGAUUUGUGAUCGGCGAUUUCGUCGACUGCGCGGUCUUUCCUCCUCUCAGUGACGGCUCAGUCGUCGGUAGAGGCAGCGUCAGCGGGAGAGGUGCGCCUCGGGAAAAUGGCUACGGCCGUGUAAGAGGAGGCGGCUACGGGAUGGGCAGUAGAGGAGGCUUUAAUGGCUACAACUCAAGAGGUGACUUUGGUGGUCCAGCAAGUAUACCCAGUGGUGAGUGGAGGAGAGGCGAGAGAUUACCAGACUCUGGUGGCUUCCGCGGAGGAAGAGGAGGGAGAAGAGGCUAUUGA